AACAAACGUGAAGUUAGUUUAGGUGUGAAGUGCGUGCGUGUGUUUCUGUGAUGGCUCUAAGAUCUGUGAUUUCUUCUAAAAUUCCUAUGGUGGUAAUCCUAGGAGCCACCGGAACAGGCAAAACUAAGUUAGGUGUGGAGUUGGCUCAGAGAUUUGGAACAGAAAUAAUAAGUGCCGACUCGAUGCAGAUAUACAAAGGACUGGAUAUAGUGACCGCCAAGGCGUCUCCUCAAGAACGGGAGCUGGUCAAACAUCAUCUGCUGGACAUUCUGGAACCGCACCAGAACUUCACGGUGGUGGACUUUAGAAACCGAGCCCUUAGUAUUAUAGGUAAUUUAACCGAACAAGGUAAAAUACCCAUAGUUGUAGGAGGUACGAACUACUAUAUAGAAUCCAUCGUGUAUAAUAUAUUGGUCGAAGACAUGAACGAUCCGGAGGCGUUGCUGUGGGAUAAAAGUAAAAGGAAAAGAAACUUCGCGGAGGACUUUGAUGAAAUGCCAAUAAAAAAAGCUGCGCUUGAUCCGAGCGACGGUGCUGGAGACAGUUUAGUACCAGAAUCUGAUGGGGAAGCCAAUUCGGAUGUGAAGACGAAUAGCAAUAGUAUUGAAGUCAGUAAAUUAAAAGAAGAUGUCGACAAUGAGAGGAAGUUCACUAAUGAAGAGAUUCAUGAAAGAUUAAAAGCCGUCGAUCCGGUGAUGGCUUCCAGGUUGCAUCCGAAUAAUAGACGCAAAGUGUUAAGAUCAAUAGAGGUAUGGUUGAAGACAGGAAGACGUCAUAGCGACAUCCUAGAAGAACAGAAGACGAGUGAAGGAAGACUGAGAAGACCAGGGUCUACUAUUGUACUGUGGCUGAAGUGUGACCAGGAAAUUCACGACGUUCGUUUGAACUCCAGAGUCGACUCCAUGCUAAAGGAUGGCUUGAUAGAUGAACUGCUCGACUUCCACGACAGGCACAACAAACAGAGAAUCAAAGAUGGCAAACCACCAGAUUAUACGAAAGGCGUCUUUCAGACACUAGGCCUUAAAGAGUUUCACGAGUAUCUCAUGUUGCCCCCGGAGAAAAAAGAACAGGAAGAAGGAAAGAAACUUCUAGAAGUUAGCAUAGACAAUAUGAAAAUGGGAACUAGAAGAUACGCGAGGAGACAAAACAAGAUGGUGAAAGGAAGAUUUCUAGAACAUCCUAAUAGAGAGGUUCCACCAAUUUUCACACUAGACACAACAGACCUUAGUAAAUGGGAUGAUGAAGUUAAAAACAAGGCAAUAGUCAUAAUAGAAAGCUUCAUCAAUGGUUCUCCGUGUGAGUAUAAAUCAUUGACAUCAAGUACUCCUGAAGAUAUAAAAAAAUUAAAUCGACAUUCAUCCAACUAUUGCGAAAUUUGUGAAAGACUUAUUAUAGGAGACAAGGAAUUCGCAAUACACUUAAAUUCGAACAGACACAAAAAAGUAUUGAAAAUCAAGAAUAGCUUAAUGGUGAAUACUCAAAAGGCGAAAACUGUGAGUGAAUAACGUUUGAUAGAAGUGACAGUAAAGAGUAAGGAAAGUCAUAUGCAAAAUAAUAAAACAUAAUAAACUAAACAAA